GUCCUGAGACUGACUUGGUUUACAAAAAACAUUUUGUCCUUAUGUAUACGUUAAUGUUGCCAUUCUGUAUGGAACUGUGUGUUGUAAGCUCUCCUUAAAUACAGCUAUCUAAUGUCAUUCUUCUUGUGUACACACGCUAUCAGCACAAUAUUCAGAAUUUCUCACUUAUGUACUUUCAAUGUGAGAGAGUUUUCCAUAGUUUUAUAAGAUCUAAUAAAACCUCAAAAUGAGAAUUUUCUAAUCGGGAAAGCCACUUCUGACUUUGGGUCUUUUAAAUAAGGCUUUGAAAGAAGGUAUGUCUUUAAACACACUGUUGCUUUGGCCACUUGAAAAUGUGGCCAAUCAGAUGUGUUUAUCUGGCUCAGUAACAGAGGUAGUUAAUCCUUUACCAGGUUACUUCACUUGAUUAACAUGAGGCUCUUAACACGGGUGUAAGUUCACACAGCGUAAGAUUCAGUUGUCCAACCUCCAUUGUCCUCUUGAGAGAAAAUGAGCGCUUGUCAUACCCCCAAAGGGACUCCGGUCCAGCGUAGCCCCAGUGAUGGCGAGGGGGGGCACCUCUCCGGCUCCCAGUCCCCACAGCACCCCGACGCCCCUUCCACACCCCUCGGCGAGGCCGAGCGCAAGCGGCUGGUGUCCAGCAUCCUGCAGAGCCCGUCUUUCAGGGAGGAUCUGGAUGUCUUGAUCCAGGAACAGGUCAAACGGGGCAGCAGCUCCUCCAGCCUUUGGGCUCUGAAGCAGAUCGCUGAAUUCAUGGCUUCCCAGGGAUCUCCGGCAACCUUACCAGUGUCUGCUUCCUCCAUGGCACUGGUUACACCCAUUAACGACCUGACAAGCUGGGAGCCCCCUUCCCUGGCCAAGGGGGAGAGGUUGAUGCGCUGUAAGCUGGCCAGUGUGUACCGUCUCCUGGACCUGUACGGGUGGGCACAGCUCAGCAAUACCCAGCUCACACUUCGUGUCAGUAAGGAACAGGACCACUUCCUGGUGCUACCUGAUGGCCUGGCAUAUUCAGAGGCGACCGCAGCCAAUCUGGCCAAAGUGAACAUCCUUGGCGAGGUGGUGGAUAGAGGCUGUACCACACUGGGCGUUGACUCGCGCACAUUCAGCCUGCACUCCGCCAUCUACUCGGCGCGGCCGGACACGCGCUGCCUGCUUCACCUCCACACCCCCGCCACAGCUGCGGUGUCGGCCAUGAAGUGUGGCUUGCUGCCGUUAUCCCAUGAGGCCCUACUGGUGGGCGAAGUUGCCUACUAUGACUACAACGGCGCCAUGGAGGACAGGGAAGACCGGGUGGAGCUUCAGAAAAGCCUGGGGCCCACCUGCAAGGUUCUGGUGCUGAGGAACCAUGGCAUUGUCGCCCUAGGGGAGUCUGUGGAAGAGGCUUUCUAUGCUGUGUAUCACAUCCAGGCUGCCUGUCAGAUUCAGGUGUCAGCAUUGUGCAGCGCUGGCGGGGAGCAGAAUCUGAUUAUGCUGGACCGGGGAACGCACAAACCCAGUGCAGCUGGAACAGUGGGCUGGGCCGGAUCUACGUUCGGGCCACUCCACAAAAGCCGACUCGGCGAGCACGAGUUUGAGGCUGUCAUGAGGACCCUAGACAACCUGGGUUACCGCACAGGCUACGCAUACCGCUUCCCAGUGCUGCUGGAGCGAGCCAAGGCCCGCAGGGAGGUAGAGGUGCCGGCCACAGUGACGUCGUUCAGCUUCCAGGAGGAGGGGGAGCGAGCCGGACCCCGGCAGCAGGCCUACUCCCAGAAGCAGCAGCAGGAGAGGACACGCUGGCUGAACACCCCUAACACCUACCAGCGUGUGAGCCAGGACCAGGCCAGCCCAGGACACCAGCGCACCACUUGGCUGAAGACGGAGGAGGCCACGCAAGGCAGUGGAACGGCCAUUAAGAUCGAGAAUCCAAAUCAGUUCGUCCCGUUGUUCACCAACCCACAGGAGGUGCUACAGACCAGGAACAAGAUCCGUGAACAGAACCGCCAAGACAUGAAGACAGCUGGACCUCAGUCCCAGCUGCUGGCCGGCGUCAUAACCGAGAAGAGUCCACCGUCGACAGAAACAGAACUGGCAGCUGGGCUGAAUGGCCUAGAGGGGGAGCCACCAAAGACACUGAGUUCCCCGGAGCCCGAGCCUCCAAACCCCUUUAAUGAGCUAACUGAUAAGGAGCUGGAGGAGUACAAGCAGGAGGUUGAGAGGAAGCAACAAUCCGGCGUGGAGGACGGUGGGGAGGAGCUGGUGAAUGAGAAGGGGACCCCCCCUGCCUCAUCCCCAGAAAAGUGCCCCUCCCCUACUAACCCUCCUUUGUCAGAUGAGGUGAACCUGAAUAAAGCCACAGAGCCCUCUAAGACCCCACUGGAGAAUGGCAAGGAGGAGGACCAGAGGCAGGAAGAACUGGAGAAGAGCAUGAAGGCUCUGUCCACCAACGAGACAUCUCCCGCCCCACCCACAGCACCCCCAGCCGCGCCUCCCUCCAAGCCCACUGGCCCCACCCCAGAGGGCUCCCCUUCCAAAUCCCCUUCCAAGAAGAAAAAGAAAUUCAAGGCACCGUCCUUCCUUAAGAAGAGCAAGAAGCAGAAGGAUAAGUCAGAAGCCUGAGAAGUCACUGGGAUAUACUUACUGAGUACUCAGAGUACUCGGAGUACUCGGUCAUGCAUAUGCUGACAGCUGUCUAUGUAUUUACUCAAAGACACACUUGGUCUUACACUUCCGCUCUCUACGCUCAUCUGUCACUCCUCCAUUUUGAUCUGUUCUGCUGUUGUUCGUUUUUGUGACAAAGCUGCAGUUUCACUACAAUCUCUAGAAAUCACAAUACCUGAAGAUUCACAACAAUGCAAAUUAUGCAUCAGUACAUACAAGCAAUUAACAGCACAUACGUGUACUGCGUAUGUAAAACAACCUAUGUAAAAAAAAAAAAAUACGUUAAGUUUUCAUGUACUACUUUUGCUACGUGAAUAUCGGCUGUUGAA